GUCUGCUUGCUCUCAUCAUAAGAGCAAGCCCAUUUCUUCACGGGUAUUGGAGCCUACUUCUUCAGAAUUCCAGCAUCUACUGAGGAACACCCGAGACUUCAAACCUUGUGGACUAAGAGGAAGGAUAAAUAACUUCUAGUUCUUCUUCUCAGACCAACUUUAACCUCCAAAACUCCUCCAGCAGAAAUGUCAGAGGAUAUGGAAUUCGAGAACUGGGGCUCCACACAGAGCAGUGUUGAGAAAUUCUGCUAUAAAUGGACCAUUAGCAACUUUUCAUUUUGCAUGGGGGGAAUUCAGAGAAGGAUUACAAGCCCAGUGUUCUCAUCAGAGGAGAAUAAGGAAGUGGCAUGGUGUUUGAGGGUGUACCCAAAGGGGGCUGAUAAAGAAAGCAAAGAUUACCUGUCAGUUUACUUAGUUUUGCUCAGCCAUCUGCAGAGCCCAGUUUGGGCAAAGUUCAAGUUCUGGAUCAUAAAUUCCCAAGGAGAGAAAUAUCAAAAAACAAAGAGCCCCAUUGUCGAAUGCUUUCUGACAUAUGAACAGAGUGGAUUCAAAAAGUUUCUCCCUCGAGAUCUCCUCCUCUCCCAUCGGAAUUGCCUUCUCCCUGAAGAUCAGCUCACCAUCUGCUGCAAGGUGACCAUAUUAGGACGCAAAUAUAACAUGCCUAGUCAAAACAUAACACCUGCAAUCAAGGAUCCAAGGCACCUGUUGACAGAUGACCUAGGAGAGCUGUGGGAGAAUUCCCUCUUCACAGACUGCUGUCUGUUGGUAGCUGGCCAUGAAUUCAGGGCUCACAAGGCAAUCCUAGCAGCUCGCUCUCCAGUUUUCAGAGCCAUGUUUGAACAUGAAAUGAAGGAGAGUCUAAAGACCCCCAUUAAGAUCCAUAACCUGAAUCCCCAAGUCUUCAAGGAGAUGAUGAGUUUCAUCUACACGGGGAAGGCACCAUACCUCCACAGCCACUCCAUGGCCUGUGAUGUGCUGCCAGCUGCUGACAAGUAUGGCCUGGUGAGCCUGAAGGUCCUGUGUGAGGAUGCUUUCUGCAGGAACCUCUCUGUGAAGAAUGCUACACACACUCUCAUCCUGGCUGACCUGCACAGCACAGAGAAGCUGAAGACUCAGGCCCUUGAUUUCAUUGCCUACUAUGCCUCUGAGGUCUGUGAGACCUCAGAGUGGAAGUCAAUGGUGGAGUCCCAUCCCCACUUGGUGGCUGAAGCAUUCCAGUCCCUGGCUUCUGCACAGUGUUCUUUCUUGGAGCCGAAAGUGAUCUCAGGAUCUAACCAGCUAUGAUUUACAUCUUUCUUCCAAGAGCAACUAACAACAACAUUGGUCUAGUGUUGUGACCGAUGACUUCUGGUUAGACUAUGGUAUUGCGGAAGAAUUUACAGUAAAUCUGGGGAAAGGCAUCAUGGUGGAUGAGGAUUUAAAUCGCCUGUAAUAUGGUUAACUAGUGGGUGUAGGAAGGGCAGCACUGCAGUUUGGGACAUUCUACCUGACAUCUACACUUUUGAUAUUCUUGUGUGUUUUUUGUCUAAUGUCUUACAAACUGAAUAAUUUAGGUGCUGGCCCUAGGCAUGGGCUAACUGAGUUUCUUUGAAGAAACCUAUCUGCAGUGGACUGAGCAGAACAGAUGACCGUGGUCAGAGGAAAGGAGAAAUCAAACAUGAGUGUUUACUCAUCAGAGAAAGAAAAACAGUGUAGAGUUUCUUUUUAAAGACUUAUUUUGUGGGAACUCAGCUGUAAAGGCAAUUACUGCUCUCUCCGAGAACUCUGUUUAAGUUCCCAGCACACACAGAGGAGUUUUCAGCCACCUGUAAGUGGUUAUUCAGCGGAUCUGAAGCCCUCUUCUGGUCUCCAUAGCCACAAACAGUUGCAUAGACAAAUCUUUAACCAAAUAAUUUUUAAUAUGAAUAAAACUUUUGAAAUCAGUCUGGAUUCCAGAGAUAUUUAUGUUAAGAUAAGUAACGUGUAGUCUAAUUAGCCAAGCUCAGCUGUGGAUGUUUGUGCAGAAUCCUUGCUGUCCCACCAGUAGUAGAAAAUCAUUGUCCUUUUUCUUGGAAUUUAAUGGUGGCAAAUUAGAACUCCACCAUCAUGCUCUUAUGACAACUAAGAAGAGCAGGCCAAAUUGGAGGGAGUCUACUCUUUCUGGGAGAAGUGUUUGUGGGUCAACACAUGCAAAAAUGUUUCGUCUAUUUUGAAAACAUUUGAAGGGAUUGAUUCAUUACACAUGUAUAUAACCUCAUCUAGUGGUUUUCAAAUUUCUUAAUGCUGGGACUUAAAAGAAUUUUUUCAUGUUGUGGACAACCAGAACCAUUAAAGUACUUUCUGGCU